UUUUUUCCCUCCGUCCCUGCCGGCGGUCGGGAACAUCCUUUCCCGCCAAAGAAGCGGCGUUGGACAAAGAAAACUCCCGGAGUUGGUGGGGUGGGGAAAUCCACGCGAGAGGGAGCUAUCCCCCUCUUCCCUUCCUUGCUCCCGCCAGUGCUGGGCUUUCCCACGAGCGCGGGUCGAGGAGGGUGGAAGCCGGGCUGAGUGGCGAAGCCAGAAUGGCUGGAGCAGAGAGAGGCGGCGUCGGAGUGCCUGAGAACCGGGAACAUCUCUUUAAGGUUUUAGUCAUCGGGGAGCUGGGUGUCGGCAAAACCAGUAUCAUCAAGCGCUACGUCCACCAGCUCUUCUCUCAGAACUACCGGGCUACCAUCGGGGUGGAUUUCGCUCUCAAAGUCCUCAACUGGGACACCAGGACUCUGGUCAGGUUGCAGCUCUGGGACAUCGCAGGUCAAGAACGUUUUGGAAAUAUGACCAGAGUAUACUAUAAAGAAGCUGUGGGAGCUUUUGUAGUUUUUGAUGUCACCAGAGGAUCAACAUUUGAGGCAGUUUCCAAGUGGAAACAUGACUUGGACAGUAAAGUAGCGCUUCCCAAUGGCAGCCCAAUCCCAACCAUUCUACUUGCCAAUAAAUGUGACCAGAAGAAAGACAGUAGCCAAAAUCCUUCUCCUUCUCAGAUGAAUCAGUUCUGCAAAGAGGGAGGCUUUGCUGGAUGGUUUGAAACUUCUGCUAAGGAUAACAUCAACAUUGAUGAAGCUGCUCGGUUCUUGGUGGAAAAAAUCCUUGCCAACCUGAAAGCCUUCCCAAAUGAAGAGAAUGACGUUGAUAAAUUAAAACUGGGCCUGGAUCCUCUAAAAGCAGAAAGUAAAUCCCAGUGCUGCUAGACAUAGGUCUUGUAUCAAUACAUCAUGAGAGCAGGAUGUUUGUCUUUCUCAUGCUGGACAGCUGCUGUGGUGCUUAAUCACAACUAUCUUGUGGGGUAUUAGUUCUUCACAUUCCAUGGUGUUUAGAUUUUUUUAAAAAUCAAAUAAGACUUAAGAGUUACACGUAUGCUAUUUUCUUAUUGGUAAGCUAUUUAGUAUAGUCACAAGCUGGCAUCCCUCUUUAAACAGGUAGGAUCUAGAUGAAAGACUUGGCUUCAAUUCCUGGUUAACAUGGUGCAGAACUAGAGUAGAAAAGGCAGUUCAGUUGGAAUUAUUCAUUUUAUUAAGAACUAUACACUUCCUUAUUUUUUUAAUAUGUCAAAUUUCUUUACCACCUUGCUCUAAUGUUGCUUGUUGUCUUGUUUAACACUAGGACUCUGAAACAAAAAGACUUCCAAGCCAUUGGGAGCCAUAAAUAAUUCUGAGGCAGGACUGAGCAGGGAUUCCUCAUUUAUAAUGUGCCUUAAAGUAUGUAAGAAUCUAAUGCUUGGAAUAUAAGGGUAGUUGGAUAGUGUGAAAGAACUAAGAAUAUAUUUGUGCAAUCCGUCAAAUAAAUGAGUAACAAUUCAUUUCUGACUGUUUGGGAAGAGACUGUCUCUGGUAUAUUUUCACAUGUUAACUAAAAUUAUGUACAAUGAAAUUUGAAAAAUAAGUGAUCCCUUACUGUAUAAGGACAGAAAAAGAUUUCAUGAUGUCUGGGAUGAACAUGAAUAAUGUUUAUUUUUAUGAAACCAUUCGUUAACAGAAGACUAUCUUUUAAAUUAGAGAUGAUUUAACCUACAAAUAGUCUUUUUUAAAAGCAGGCUAUUUUUUAUAGAUGUAAUAUUUCUCCAAUUUACUAUUUAACACAGGGAAUUAAGAAUUGAUAAUGGGCAUACUUUCAUGCACAAGAAUAAUUUGCAAAUGUACACUUGUUUCUUAAGAAAUGUUCAUUGUUAUUUGUGAUGAUGUCUGUGAAUGUUUGGAGAAAAGACUACAAAGAAAUACUUUCACAUUGCAGUUAAUAUUUACAGCUGUGGGUUCUACUAUCUUUUCUGUAUAUUACACCGGUCAAAUGUAACUUUUCACCUGCUGCAAACUGCAAAGUACUUUGGACUACAAUGACACUCUUCAGAUUUAGACUGGAUCAUAUAUGUAUUUUUGUGUAUCUGAUGCUGCAUUUAAUAUUAAUGCAAACUAUAUAAUAAAAAUACUUAAGAUUUUUAUAA